UGUGGCCAUGGGUGUCAAUGACAAACUGUAGGUAUAAAUACCUGUGGGUGGAAAGCCUCCAUUCCAUUCCCGGUCCAGACUCAGUGAGCAGCCAUGAAGACCUUCAUUCUCCUUGCUCUCCUGGGAGCUGCUGUUGCUUUUCCUACUAAUGAUGACGAUGACAAGAUUGUUGGGGGCUACACCUGUCGGAAGAACUCCCUGCCCUACCAGGUGUCGCUGAAUGUUGGCUACCACAACUGUGGUGGCUCCCUCAUCAGUUCCCAGUGGGUGGUCUCUGCGGCUCACUGCUACAAGUCCCGGAUACAGGUGCGUCUGGGAGAACACAACAUUGACGUCGUCGAGGGGGACGAGCAGUUCAUUCAGGCAGCCAAGAUCAUCCAGCACCCCAGCUAUAAUAAGAACACCUACGAUAACGACAUCAUGCUGAUCAAACUGAGCUCCCCUGCCACCAUCAACUCUCGAGUGUCUGCUGUCUCCCUGCCGAGAUCCUGUCCAUCUGCUGGGACUCAGUGCCUCGUGUCUGGCUGGGGCAACACUUUGAGCAGUGGAACCAAGUAUCCUUCCCUCCUGCAGUGUCUGGAUGCCCCUGUGCUCUCUGACACUUCUUGCCGCAACGCCUACCCAAGCAAGAUCACUAGCAAUAUGUUCUGCCUGGGCUUCCUGGAGGGGGGAAAGGACUCUUGCCAGGGUGAUUCUGGUGGCCCUGUGGUCUGCAAUGGUGAACUCCAGGGUGUUGUGUCCUGGGGAUAUGGCUGUGCUCUGAAGGGCAAACCCGGUGUGUACACCAAGGUCUGCAAAUACGUGAAUUGGAUUCAGCAGACAAUUGCUGCCAACUAAACACCUUUAUCUCUUCAUAAUGCACUCCUGCUAUCUACUUCACCUUCCUUCAGCACCAAAAAUCCUUAUCUGAACAAAAACACUGUGUUCCACAUUUCAUCUUUCCAAGAAUUUUCUUUGCUUGAAAUUGAUUAGCUUUCUUUUAAAACUUUUUACUAGGUAGGAAGAUGGGCAAAGAGCUGAACUAUUGUAUGGCGAGAAUUUGAAGGUUGUUUACUCAUUCAAUAAAAACCAAUAUAACAUACAAAUAUAUAUUUACUGAUAACCUACUGUACAGUAUACUCUGACAUCAAUCCUAUAAAGAUAAAUAAAUUCAUUAUUACCAUCA